CCUACGUGUUUCCGGUAUGAUAGAUGUUUGUUAGCAUCGCUGCUGUCUCGCUUCAAAGCUAACAGUGAUGGCAGCAGACCAGACAGAACCGGAGGUCCCGGAGAACGCGGUGGGCAGGCGUGUGUCUUGUAACGGGGAGCGGGCCACGGUGCGGUUCGUGGGUGUGGUUCCCCCCACGGCAGGCUUGUGGCUGGGGGUGGAGUGGGACGAGCCAACCAGAGGGAAACAUGAUGGCCACCAUGAAGGAGUCCAGUACUUCACUUGCAGAUACCCAAAAGGAGGCUCCUUCCUGCGUCCGGCUAAGGCCAGCUUUGGGUCGGACUACCUGACGGCGGUGAGGCGCGUGUACCACGUUGACGCUGAAGCUGUGCUCAGCGAGGAGAUGUGCAUCUCGUCCAAAACUCUGGAGUGGGCGGCCUUCAAGGAGCGCAGUAUAGAAAGUCUUCAAACAGUUCUUCUUAAUGGCUGUGAUGUGAACGGGCCUGGAGAAGACGGAGAGAUCCAGAAGACAACACCGAAUGUGAGCAUGUUGGACCUGAGUUCCUCUCUGCUGUGUUGCUGGGACGACAUGGUCGCCAUCGGUCGUCAGCUAGAACAUCUGGAGGCUCUUCAGCUCAGCUUUAACAGAUUACGUUUACCCUCGGACCCUGUGAGCCACUGCCAAGCCUUCUGCAACCUCAAAGUCCUCACACUCAUCAGCUGUGAGCUGACCUGGACUGAGAUCCUGCAUUGCGCCCCCAUGUGGCCACAGCUGGAGGAGCUUAUCCUGGAGAACAACAACAUCACGCAGCUGCACAGGCCUGAGGGCAUCUUGCAGAAACUCAAAUGUCUCAACUUGUCCAAAAACCCGGUGGACCAGGACAGCCUGCUUAACAUGGCCUCUCUGCCCAGACUGGAGCAGUUACUUUUGACCGAGACCGGAUUCUCCCACAUUCGGUUCCAUGAUGCUGCUGCAGGAGGCCGGACCGCCAUGUUUGCGUCACUGAAGAACCUCAACUUGGCGCGCAACAACAUCACUGAGUGGCGUGUGAUUGACGAGCUGGGCAAGUUACCCGCUUUGGUUCAACUUUGUUGUCGCGGCAACCUGCUGGCCAGCAGCGACCGGAACCCUCAAACCGCUAAUCAGAUCGUUAUCGCCAAACUGGGACAGUUAGAGGUCCUCAACAACAGCAAGAUCCACCCUCAAGAGAGGAGGGGGGCGGAGUGUGACUACCUGAAGAUGUUUGGCGAGGAAUGGCUGCAGGCGAGGGGGAAGAGUCAGCUCAGCGAGGAGUUCACACGUCAGCAUCCUCGCUACAUGAGCUUGAUUGACAAAUAUGGCGCCCCAGAAGAAGGUGAAGUGAAGAAGCGACAACCGUUUGCGCUUAAAAAUCAACUGUUAAACAUCACGUUUAUCUUUGUUGACGACGGCGACAGAAGGCCCGUGGAAAAGAAGCUUCUGGCCUCCAUGGAGGUCCAGAAGGUCAAAGGUCUCCUGUCUAGACUCAUAAAGGUUCCUUCGGCCGACUUGAGGCUCAGCUACACUAGCGCCAAGGUUGCUGACAGAGAAUUUGAUAUGGACAGCGACUUGAAGACAUUGCUCUUCUACGCCAUCGACGACGGAGACCACGUCCUGGUGCGCUGGCUCUAAACACACACACACUUCACGCAUAGACUUAAAUGGCAACCUCCAUAUUCAUUGCGCUUGUCACCAAUGAAUGACAUCAUCAUUCAUUUUUAGCCACGCCCUCAAACUGAUCAAUAUUUAAUAAACUAAAUCAAUGAAAGAAAAUAGAAUAUACAUGACGUUUGUUGAAUCAUCUCACUAAAAUGAACAUAAAAGACCAACUGUAUCUUUAUUAUAAAGCAUUUUUACUAGAAAUUAAUCAAAACAUAAAAAGCCUAAUCAUGGAAAGAUGUCGUCAUUAGCACCAUUCCAUAACAUCAACAAUAAUAAUAAUUGUUAUAAAAGUGUUUAUUAAUAAAAAAAGUUUUUGAUUGUUCAUCACAGUGUAAAAAGUUAAAUAUUACUCAACGUCACAUGAUCAGCUGUUUACUUUGCCGCCGCCGCCGCACAGCCGUCAUCCGGGCAGUGACACGUGAAGCCGCCGAGGCGCGGCAGACAGAGGUGACCGCAACCGCCAUUGUCGGCGCACACGUUGUACGCUGAAAGAACAAAAAUGUGAUGUCAGUGAUGUCACCUGACCAGCAGCCAUGCUAGCUUGUAGACACAUGAUAUGCUAGUUCUCACGUUAGCAUUGCAUUACAAGAUGAUUUGGUCAGUAUGUAAACCAGGGGUCUCAAACUCAAUUUACCUGGGGGCCACCGGAGCUAAGUUCUGGGUGAAGCCGGGCCGCAUCAGGUUUUCAAAAAAAAAAAAAACGCAUUUAUUAAAAACUGGAAGAAAAAAAUCAAUAAAAAAAUGCUUUUGCUUCUGCUAUACCCUACACUUUUUCAGUAUUUUGGUUCUGGUUUUCCAC